UUUAUCUAAUUUCAGAGAUGGGCCUGCUCUUUGCCGUAUUGGAAGACUCUGAGAGGUUUUUGAGUUGGGUUAGCUUAAGAGUUCAGAAAACCAAGGAGGGGACUGGUGAUUGAUAAUAGUUGCAGCUGACCUAGUUUGAGUUGUUAUGAUCGGCCAGGUAGUUCCUGUUCUAGGAGUGUGCAUCGUUUCAUUCACUCCUCGGAACUACUCUGUGCUCCGGUAUCUAGGAGGAAACGGGUAGCGAGGUCAGGUAACUCGGUCAGAGGACACAGGCGGUGAGAGCUGGCGCUGGAGCUUGAAUUCAGGUUGUCUAACUUGCAAAGCCUGCGUGCUUCCUAACGGAGCUGAUUUUACAGAGAUGAUGAGAGCCUUGGGAUACCCCCGACAUAUCUCUAUGGAAAAUUUCCGCACACCAAAUUUUGGACUUGUGUCUGAAGUGCUUCUUUGGCUGGUGAAACGGUAUGAGCCUCAGACUGACAUCCCUUCAGAUGUGGAGACUGAACAAGACCGAGUUUUCUUCAUUAAGGCCAUUGCCCAGUUCAUGGCCACGAAGGCACAUAUAAAACUCAAUACCAAGAAGCUUUAUCAGGCAGAUGGGUAUGCAGUGAAAGAACUUCUGAAGAUCACCUCUGUCCUUUAUAAUGCCAUGAAGACCAAAGGGCUGGAGGGCUCGAAGAUAGGAGAAGAGGACAUCAGCAAAUUCAAGUUUGAUCUUGGCUCAAAGAUUGCAGACUUGAAAGCAGCCAGGCAGCUUGCUUCUGAGAUCACAUCCAGGGGAGCCUCUCUGUAUGACCUGCUGGGCAAGGAGGUGGAGCUGAGGGAACUGAGAACAGAAGCAAUUGCCAGACCUCUAGAAAUAAAUGAGACUGAAAAAGUGUUGAGAAUUGCAAUAAAAGACAUUCUGGCACAGGUUCAGAAGACUAAAGACCUGCUCAAUAAUGUAGCCUCUGAUGAAGCUAAUUUAGAAGCCAAAAUUGAGAAGAGGAAAUUAGAACUGGAAAGAAAUCGGAAGCGACUCCAGACUCUACAGAGUGUCAGGCCAGCCUUUAUGGAUGAAUAUGAGAAGAUCGAGGAGGAGUUGCAAAAGCAGUAUGACAUUUAUCUAGAGAAAUUUCGAAAUCUGGCUUAUCUGGAACAACAACUUGAGGACCAUCAUAGGAUGGAGCAAGAGAGGUUUGAGGAAGCUGAGAACACGCUGCGUCUGAUGCAGAACAAGCUGAAGGAAGAAGAAAAGCGUCUGCUCAAGAGUGGAAGUCAGCCAGGAGAGCCCGAGGCAGCCCUAAGUGAUAAGCCUGCAUGGAGUUUAUCCCCUCCCGAGAGGCCCAGCACAGGUAAUGAUGACUCGGACAUUGACAUCCAGGAGGAAGACGAAUCUGACAGUGAAUUAGAGGAGAGACGGCUGUCCAAGCCACGGACGGCCAUGGAGGUGCUCAUGCAAGGAAGACCCAGCAAACGCAUCGUGGGCACAAUGCAGGGUGGAGACUCCGACGACGACGAGGACUCGGAGGACAGUGAGAUUGACAUGGAGGGCGAUGAAGAAGACGAUGAUUUGGAAGAUGAGAGCGUUGCUCUCUCGCCAGCAAAGCCCAGUCGAAGGGUCCGGAAGCCUGAGCCCCUGGAUGAGAGCGACAAUGACUUCUGAUCUUUGUGCCAAGAGACCAGACAGAUUAAAUUCCUCAGAUCUGUAGGUAAACGGGAAGUUAGAAGGUUAGGAAGGAACCUAUUUUGUUCACUAAACCAGCUGGACUUGUUAAUGAAGCAACACCUAGUUCUUCUUUAGCCUCCUCUGGGUUACUCCACAGAGCUUCAGCGAGACCUGAAGCAAACCCCAAAGAAGAUGGGGAUUUUAUUUUUACCUUCUUUAUCUCUUGAAACUUUGGAAACAUCUGUGUUCUUAGAGAUGCACAUCUGCAGGACAAAAACCUGAAGGGAACUAAGGGUCAAUACUGUUCAUCUUGGGAGUUGUAGUGAGUUUCCACUAAGAGUGGGGGGGGGGGGGCGGGGGAGGGGCCUGUGGCCACAAAAGCUUCAAAUGUAUUUUACUAAAAUUUCCCAAAUGAAAGUUAGGCAAGUUAGGUGAAAACCCACUUUCCUUCAAAACCAGGCAACAGAGAGAUGUUUCAGAAUAUAAAUGUCCCAUUUUCUCUCAGAAGGUUGACAUUUCUUCAUAGGGGAGAGCAAGCUGAAGAAAAGGUGUUGGUACACAUUCAUGUUGUUGACUAAAAAAAAUUAACCAGAAUUGCAUUAGGCUGAGUAGCACUAGGAUCCUUUCCCUGAUGUGGUGUGAGAAGUGACAGACCGGUGGAGUUGUGUUGCAUUUCUGAUAUGGAAACGCAGAGCUCUUCUCAUACAUUUCUCAGUUAUGAACUCAGAAGACUCUGAAGUUCCUUAACUCUUAAUAAAUGUAUUUAAUGCCAUAUUUUUAUAUUAUUAAAUAAGUUUUACUUGAAAGUGUAAUUAUGUUGUUUAUUUUCACCUAGAACACAAAUAUGUAUUCAAGAAAAGUUCACAGGUUACUGUGGUACAUGUCAACUUUGAGGAGACAGUGUGACGAUGAUUUCUAUCAUCUUAGCUUUUUUGCCUGUCUCUUCCUAACUCCUGUAUAGGAGAUUACUCUUUUUUUAAAAUAGCAUUCGGUUAAUUCGGCAGUGAUGGAGAUGUGCCCUGUUUGAAAUGGUGCAGUCUCUGCACUGUCACCUCAGAGCCCAGCAUAGGUCUAGAACCCAUAAACCAUGAGAUCAUGACCCAUGCUGAAAUCAACAGUCAGACGCUUGACUGACUUGAGCCCCCCAAGCACUCCGUCCUUAUGUGAUUCUUCUAAUGGGCAUUAAUGUGGAAGCAUGACCCAACCUACAGGUAACCCCUCCACCGAUAAUAGGCGCCAGUGCAGUGCGCGGUUUAUUAUUUCACUUCUUCCUUCAAAGUCCCUCAUCCCUCGGUUAACUGACUGCACAGCCUCCCCAUGGAGUGGUACUUCUUACUCGGGCAGCUUCUGCCAGCAAAGGAGCUUCAAGUACCUGAUCGUAGUUACUAGUGUGUGUCUGUCACUGUCACCGAUCCAGAAGUCAGAUAUAUAUGAGAGCCUGUGUCCUGGUGUCUUUUGUUUUGGCCCAAGCAAUCACUUCUUGGCCUUUUGGCUAAGAUCAAGUGUUUUGGUCCAAGCAUCAGAACAGACUCAGGCCCCAAAGAAAAUUAUAUGAUUAGGUCAAUGAAAAGCCAUCAUUUAGAUCAUUGCCAACUGUUCUUUGUUUUUACCUGUGUAAGUAAAGGACCUCUUAAAAUGUUUUACAGCGUGUGUAUUGGCUGAAAAUGUCAAGGGCAUUUUUAAGUCCUUAAUUUUUAUUGGUGGUAGCCAUCAAGAACCAAGUCCAAGGACUUCCAGUGGGAGGUCUGAAGAACUGUUGCCCUUUUAGCUGGAACAGGAAGAAGACACACGAGCGAUCUUUCGUUAGUGUUUUAAACUGUAAUAUCGUGUCAAACGUCUGAAAGGAAGUGGAGUUGGCUUAAGCUAGCAACACACCACAUAAAUAUCAUAGUUGCUAGCCUGGCCUGGAGGACUCCGAGGUGCUGGAAUCCAGGACUGGGUGAAUUGGAAGAAAACUAAAACUGCCCAGAACAAAAGGCCUUGCGACGGGGAUGAGUGGGACAGGAGGACCGAGAGCUCAAGCAGGGAUGUCCUGAGGGGAAAGUGUAACUGAUGAAAAAACCCGUGUGCCUGUGAAACAGUAUUCUGAUUUUACACUUCUCUGGGGCGGUUCGGAAAGAAUUAAGCAAUAGUGACAUAGAAAAUUGAGUUUUUUAAAAGGUGCACUGUUCAUUCGAAGAAGAACAAUAAAGUACAUAGGAGAACAUGA